AUGAAGCGCUCAAUUAAUAUUCCCCCUAAGCCUCAGCGGCCGGCUAAGGCAGCCCGUGUAGUCGAUAAACCACGGGCUACCGUACGCACUACAGAGUCGGUGCGUCAACAAGCGCGUGCCCACCUGCUCGCGAUUGCACGGUUACCAGUCGAUCUUCUCCAGACGGAAUGGCGCUCUGGCCAGAACCGCCCCCUCGAUCAUGCCCAUGUCCAGGACUUAUAUAAGGCGUUCGAGAAGGGCGGCGUAGCCCGCGACUCGGUAGAGAACCACCUAUUCGUCGCUUGUAGUCAUGAAACGGCUAGAAAGCUACAACAAGCCUCGUCGGCUGCCGGUAGUAACGAUCUCUCUGCCGAUCAGACCACGCAGGAUACUAUCCCAUGCUUCACGUACCCACGCCAAGAGCACGUAAAGGUAGAGCUCGAGCUCAUGGCAGGCCAGCAUCGUGUCGCGGCGCUCCGAAAAUUCGUGCGAGAGAAACAUCUCGACUCGAGCGAGCUUUGGUGGACGUGUGAGCUCUAUAACAAAGAUACCUUACCAGCAAUGCUGAAUACGAAGCUACGCGCAAACCGCCGCGAGCUCUCGCUACCCGAUAGCCAUGGCCAGAUCUGGGCGCAGCUCGUGGCUACCUCGAAGAAGGAUCCUCUACUCUUUAACGGGAGGAAAGAAGACGUCGAGGCCCGUAUUCUCGACGUGCUCCAGCUCAGCGGCAACCCGCGAUUCCCCGCCAGCCGCCUUAUUACGCUCUGGCAAAACGAAAGGUGGAAGCCCGUUAUCACCCGUAUAUGUCAGACAGCCGUCGGCCGCGACCUCUUCAAUAUAUCUGUGUGGGAAUGGCUUGCGAGCCGCCGGAUCGAUAAUGCGCGCGCUGAUGGGGUAGUAUUGGUUCGACGCGCUCGAGUCUGUCCACGCGACACUGCGGUUACUGCCUGCCGGCGUGGAAAGGCACCUCCGUGGAAUAGACUGGGACCGCCUGGCGGCAAGAAGCAAGCGGCUGGUGAAGGAAAGCGUCGUUCGGACUUCCUUCGCGAACUCUCCGAGGAACAGUACGCGGCUCUCUACCGCUCGCUGCAGGAGAACCGUGCUAUCGUCUUCCCUAAUAUACGCCGCGUGCUACAGAUCAGUAAAGAAGACGGCGGGAUAUUGCGACAAGUCCUAGGCCAUGUUAUCCUCUGGCUUAAUCCAGAGGCAACCGCGCUCUCGGAUAGUCGUAGGAUCAACAAGCCACUACUGCGAGAGGAUAUAAAGCCAGCCCUCGCGCGCCUUCGCCCGCUCGAGAGGGAAGAGAUUAGCGCGACCGACGCGUCUGAUCUCUCCGAUAGCGCCGACACGCGCCGGUCAAAACACACAGACACGCUCUCGAUCGAUCUCGAGCGGCAGGUCCUGGCCCUGGCCAGGACCAGGAUACACGAGCUGAAGGAGCCAAGCGCGCAGGCUACCUUAGUUCCUUUCCCAGACGCCGAGGCCCUGGCUAGUCCGAGCUACGCGGAUAGGUUCCGCCAGCCGUUCUGGUCCGCCCUCCUAUCGCUCGUCCGCGAGUUCACGCGCUCGAACGUCCGUCCAGACUGGACGCUAGCUAUCGCGCAACGACACGAGCCCCUCGAAUGGGCCGCUAGCCAUAGGGCCUAUGUUAACACCGAGAUUACGACGCCAGCCACUCUCACCACCGAACAGCGUACGCCGUCGCCCCCCGGGCCCGACGCGUCAUUAGUUCAGGACGCGAGCCGAGGUACUUCCCCUGGCGCGUAUGAAACGGCUCGGACGCAGCGAACCGUAGCACCACGUCGUCUAUCACUUAGCAAAGGUACGAGCGCGGGCGUUAUCCUUACGUCUUCCCAGUCCUCUCAGCAAGACAACGAGCAAUAUACCGCGCGGACUUGUCGAGCCGCGAGUAUAAAGGAAGGACGAGAAGAGGUACGAACCGAGCGCUCUCCGAUGGUGCCAGAGAGCUCUAGGCAACCUAAUCCUCCGCCUAGGCUAGCCCGCCCUAGUCUUACUGCAAGGAUACCCCUGCCUAGCGCGUCGCGUCCAACGCCCGCCUGGAAGUCUGGUAUGAAGGCGUCUUCACGUAGAUAA